CCGGGUACAAGCCGCUCUCGAUGCUCCCACAGAGAUCUUUAGAGAGAAGAGAAGCCGCGGAACAGACAGGGGCGGACCGUCAAUAAGAACCACGAGAAGGGUGAUGACUUUAUACCGGCAGACAGUGGUACUCAGACACAGCUUAAUGUUGUGGGAUGUGUGAAGAAAGACAGUCUCCCUCUUCCCGCUUCCACACUCAACAUUAUUACAGUGUUUUUUGAAAGAUCGCUCUGUUUCUGAGGUCCUGGUUCAAGAACCUUUCAUCGUGUCUUUGUUUGUGGACAAGCACGGCUUGUUGGAUGGUAAUGUUUCCAGCAGAAGUACCACAUGCCGGUGGAAAAUAUGGAUUUUACUUUGCUGUAGCUCCGGGUUUUUUAAAUACGUAUUUUUCAUUUUUCACUGUAUGCGUGUUGUUUUGUUGAUAUUGUCAGAUUUUGAACCCUUAAACAACCGCAGAGAUUUCAACACCCAUUGCGCGGAAUUCUAACCAUGAACUUUGUUGUCAGUUUUGUACACAUCCUUUUGGCUGCGGUUCUUCAACUAUGCACUGUUAAGACUGCCAGCAUUAACAAGGGAGUGGAGAAGAGUACAAAUGAGGUCAUUCUUCUCCCAGAUGUCAUCACCAAGAGUAUGUGUCAGCCCAGGGAGGUGUUGUUGGACAUCUUCCAGGAGUAUCCGGAGGAUACAGAACACACCUACGUUCCUUCCUGCGUCGUGCUCAACCGCUGUGGAGGCUGCUGCAACGACGAAGCCAUGGAGUGUAUUCCCACAGAAACCUGCAAUGUCACGUUGCAGGUGAUGCGGUUUAGACCACUCGUAACGCAGCACACUAUUCACUUAAGUUUCACAGAGCAUCGAAAGUGUGAUUGCAGACUAAAGCCAGAUGUUCUUGCAAAGAAACAAUACCACUGUGUGCCUUGCUCAGAGAGAAGGAAGCGCUUGUUUGUGCAGGACCCUCUCACCUGUAAAUGUUCCUGCAAAUUCACACAAUUAGACUGCAUUUCCAGGCAACUUGAGUUAAACGAAAUAACUUGCAGACAUGCUGGUCAUUUUGAGACGAUGGUGUUCUGAUGAAAGGAGUUAAAGUGGUCUGUGUACACAACAAAGCUAAUUAAGAUGUGAUAAACCGAGGAGAUGAGACUGGCAACACUGUUAUGAAGGAAUUAUUUCUUGGCACAGCACUUUGAAACCUGAGAAUGCAUUCCCUGCAAGGAUACGAAAUGACAACGCAAGACAGGACAUUCAUGACGCAAAUCUUGCCACAGUGUUUUUCCUAAAUAUAUAUAUUUAUGUACAUAUACUAAAAGUACAUCGACAAUGUGUAUUGCUACUACAUAUAAAAACACUAUUUAAAGCUAAACAAAUGCGCCACUGGCGUGUAAACGGGAAAUAUUUCAGUGGCCUUCUGCUAAUGGCAAGCUCUUUUUUGUAACACUUCACUGGAUGCUGGUCUGCUGUGGAUAUGCAUAUCUCAAAUAUAUAUUGGUAACAAAAACUAGUUAGCACAACUUCAACGAAAGGUGCAGCAGAAACCCAACUCACCGCCGAAAUCUGACAAAAGAGACUAUUGGAGAUGGAGGGAGGACGAGGAGGCGGAGGUGAAGUUGAAGGAACUGUUGUACUUGAUCUGAACGGCAGGUCCAAAUACUGUUUCCCUUUGUGACAUGAUGUGAAGUGUUGUCCCCACUGUAUGGACUGACUGGUGUGAGAACAUACGUUAAAAGUUUCCUGAAGUGACUGUGGAUGCAGGUUAUAUGCCGAGGUGAUGUAUAAUGUAAAGAUGAUGUUCUUCUCUCAUGGAAGGGUUACAUGAUUAUGGAAAAAACUGAAACAAAACUUGGCUAUUGGUGAUGUUUUAGCAAGUUAAAGGAUUUUAGUCGAAGUUAAAAUAAGAUUAGGGUAGAGCCAAAGUGUUGACAAGUGACCAAAGUUGAUAUUGGUCUUACGGUUGACGUUUCCAUGAGGGUUAUGGGUAAGAAACGACAACCUUUCCCUGGUUCUUCCUCCCUCAUGUAACCCUUCCCUCAUGGAAAAACAGACUUCUCUUUGGGCAUUAUUAUUAUUUUAUACAUUUUGAGCUAUUGUGUUCCUUUAACAAAAUCUCUCAAGACCAUGCUGUCUAAAGUUAUAUUACUGUAGGUAUAUGCUGAGACAAGAAGUGACUAGAAAUGCUCAUUAUAUAUCAGAUCAGCACCUCACUGUAGAAAUCCACAACCUUCCAGUUCUCUUAUUUAAUAUAUUUUGUGUGUGUUCCAAAGAAAGCCAGGAAUCCACAACAGCGUAGUUGAUCAUAAAUGAUCUGUAUAUACUCACUAGAUAUCCCUCUAUCUAUAUCUAAUUUAUAGAAUAUGCUCAGUAUUCUGAUAUUUAUAUGCAGUGUUAAUGUCAUUUUUUAAACUGUUUCAAUCCAUCUGGAGAUUGAAUGGAGAACACAAACUACUUUUUUUUGUGUGAAAAAGGACUGAAAGAUGAUGCUUUGACAUUCCUGAAACUCAAGCUGUGUUUCUCACGAGCAGUGUUUCUCACCAGCUAGAGGGGGAUCAUGGAGGGCUGGUUGACCGAUAGAAACCCCAACCACCAUUAUGUGCGUCAAUGAUGCGCCAACACAGGUGUUUUUCAUUUUGGACUGGGGCGAGGGACAUGUGGUUUUGCACUUGUUGGCCCAAAGGCAUGUCAUAUGGAGGACUGAAGGAGUGUCGUUGCUGCUGCUCAGUUCGGAACUAAUUUAGUGAAGACUGUCUAUUCAGACUGAGGCCUCUGGUCUGACGGUGGUGAAAUUGCACAGUUUUCUCUCUUACUCUAACAUUACCUCCUCAUUCCCAAGUAUUACACUGUUGUAGGAUACAGCCACAUUUCAAACACACAUUUUCUUUGAUGCUAAACUGUUACCACAUGAAAAAAAGACCUUCUAUUACGAUGAGGCCUUAUAGAGACGUAAUAAGAUAUAUAGUUCAUUAAAGGGAUAUUAUUAAUUGGUAUGUGCCACCAUAUAUGAUGUAUAUUUUUUCAUAUAGGAGCUGAGCAUUCACAUCAGCUGAUUGUAUGAUAUGAUUUGUCUAGAGGAUGCUAGAUCUCAACAGUUUGAACCAUGUUUUCUCAUGGUCUAAAUUGAUAAUUUAGUUCUGACAUUCAUCUCAUGUAGCCUGACAUGUGUUGAGGUACUCUGCUGAACGAAUUAGUCAUUUGUGCUCUUGAAUUAAUAAUGUGUGCCUUACAAUUAGUAUGUAUGCCUUUGAAAUAAUAACUUGUGCUCAAAUGUGGGAUUUUAAGUUCAACACAACCCUGAUGAAUACCAUAAAGGAUGUCAAAAAGGUAGCAUUGUUACUGUUAACAUUACGAGCUAAAAACAAACGCAUGAAUUCAUGAACCUUAGAAAUCAAUCUUUUCAUUGUCCACUGUUUAUUUCAGCUGUGCUGAAACGCCCAUUGUAAACUGUUUUUCACGAGUGUUGACAGAUGAAGAUACAUGGAAUGAUCACUAUUUGAAGGAACAUAUGACUAAUUUGUUUGCAUGAAUUCCUGAAUAUACUACCUGAGACAAUGUGCAAUAUUGUCAGGAAGGGUCAGAAGAUGGGUCCAGACUUAAAGUUAGUGAUUCUGACUUUUUCCUCAAUAUAGUGACACAUUUUGUUUCAUGAGUCCUACCUGUGUUUCUAGAAGUGCCAGCUGUACCACUGCUGUUCAUGUGAACUGACCUUCUGUGCUGCCACCCUCAAACAUGAGGCCUAAGAGUGUGUUCACUGAGACGGGCUCUAUGCCCACGCCUCGCCAGUCUUCUGAUGACAACAUUCUAAAUUGUAUUUAAAUGACACGCUUUUUCUUGAGCCACAUUGUUUCGUAUAUUUUCACAUUAAUAUAUUUAUUGGUGCUGUAAAAUGUUUUACAAUAUUAAUACUCUUUCUUGUUUUUAGUGUAAGUAUUAAACAUAUUUAUUUUGAAAAUACCAUUUUUUUUUCAUUGUCAAUGAGUUAUAUUCAGUGUGAAUAUGAUUGUAUCAGAUUCAGCUAACACAUUUGUUAUGUUUUAUCUUCUGGUAGAUCAUUAACAGACAUGUGGCGUCCAUGUAGACCAGAGUUUCUGUGGUUUAAAGUCGCAGCUUCGGUUAGUAUGACAUCACAGACCUUUCAUUCUUCAAAUCAAAAUCCACCUGUUCAGAACUGCUUUUAAUGUGUGAUUGUGUGCUUUACGUUCUUAUUUGCUUUAAUCUAUUGUUUGUAUUGUAAUUGUUGUUAUUUUUAUUGUAUAGCUUCUAGGAUGUUUUAACUAUGUGAUGAAAAGCACCUUUGAGUUCUUUGAAAAGCGCUAUAAAAAUGUAAUGUAUUAUAAUUAUUAUUAUCGCUUUCCCUGUAUACAGUCAGGGCCAUAUGCAUUUGGACUGUGACACCAUUUUUCUUAUUUUCCUCGACUCCAAUGGAUCUGAAAUGACGCAGAAAAUUAGACUUUCAGCUUUAAUUCAAUGGAUAUAACAAAACUAUGGCACUAACCAUUUAGGAAUCGCAACCAUUUGUACACAGUCCUCCCUUCAUUUAUUGGAAUUCUGCCAGGAAAACUCUGGUAUUGCUCAAGGUUUAAGAACCUGUGAACUUUGUUCCUGCUGCUGAAUGACAGCUGACUGAAAAACAUGAGUGUUCCUGUGACAUGAGGUCCUGAGUCAGGGGUUAUAAAAACAACGUGGGAGCACUUUGCCAGCUCAGGGGUGGCACAGCAAAAUAUUAGCAUUAAGCACUUUAGAGUAUCAGAAUUCAGGCCAGUAAAAAAAAAGUGCAGCCCAGUAAAAGUGCUUGGUCCUGGUGCUGCUAAAUACUCAGAAGAAUUCUGCAAAUCAUUUGAUCUGUAAUUAAACAGGAUUUCUUUUUUUAAAUCAGGCCAACUUUGCCCUCAUUAUUUAGUGUGCCUGGACUUUGAACUGCUCCCUCAUUGAUGGGAACAGACAAAAUGAGAACCUAGGAGCAAAAUAUCUGACACAUCCUUCAUUUGAUUCAGAACUUCAAAUAACAUGCAGUAUAUUGUUAAGUGUUAGGGUAGCAGUUAGGGUGAAGAUAAAUCACAAGCAUUAUUCUUACUGUAACUGCUUCCUUUGUGUGCACUCCAACCCGUCUCAAUUAUACUUUAAGUUGGGGUUUGGUAAAUAGGCUUUUAGUCUUCCGGACACUCUAGGUCACACACAAUUUGAGGUUUGAUUGAGGCUACAUCCACAAUACUACGUUUUUAAAAGACAUUUAUUUUGCUAUACGUGUACACUAUUCGAUCUAAUUGUACUUUUAAGAUCCUGGCUGUUAUAAUCAUAUGUCUUAAACUAGGUGUACGAUGCCACCCAACACGUACUAGACCCUUACAUUCUUCUCCUCACCUAAAAGCCUUGAUUGGUGACGCACCAUCCCAUCUUAAGGAGCAUGUACCACCAUAUUGCCCCACUAGAAAGCUGAGCUCACUAAAUGUGGGGCAACUUGUGAUUCCUAGAGUUUUAAAAAGUAGGUAACUACUUCCUCCCCAGAGUCUUUGUGACUUCACGUCUCAAAGGGUCAUUGGACCUGGCUGUGUCUGAAGCUGGUUCUGGGUCCUGCGUCCUUGCCUCUGCUUCCCACACCCAGCCUCUGGUCUAGACCUGGCCUCCUUCCCAAUGGCCCUGCCUCCUUCUCUGUGCCUCCUGCCUCAAAGGCCAACCUAAUUGGUCUGGCCUCUUUCGUGAUGUCUCCUGCCUGGUUAGCUGGCCUCCUCUCCUGCCUGGUGGGACAUGUGAUGCUAUCAAGUUAAGUUAUGUUUUUGUUUUGUUUUGUUUCUCCUUGUUAUGUAAUCUCUCUUGUGGAUAUUGUUAUUACUUCUAUUGUUUGUUUUUACCAUGUACAAUUGGCCUCAGUACUUUUUUUAAACACUAUACAAAUCAAAUGUAUUAUUAUUAUUAUAAAAUGUUUGUAUGUUUUUUAAUCCCGAGUGAUUUUUUUUGGCUGCAAUGGCUGGACCGGUGUCCUCGUAUUGUAUUUUGUAUAUUGUUGUUGUAUUUGUGUUUGUUGUUUUAUGGACCCAUGAGUCUGGAAUAAAGAUAUAUAUAUAUAUAUUAUUAAUCAA